AAAGAAACUCGUGGAACACCUUGUACCCUUCCCUACUGUGUCAGGUUGUAAGGUUCAAAAAAUUGUUACCUUACUUCAAAAUUUGUGUACCUGAUACCAGACAAACAAAGAAAUGCCACGAGGAAAAGGUACCGAAGAGGCUGACAAACUAACGAGAAUUGCAAUUGUCAAUUCUGAUAAGUGUAAACCUAAAAGGUGUAGACAAGAAUGCAAAAAAUCAUGUCCAGUUGUCCGAAUGGGAAAAUUAUGUAUUGAAGUCACUCCAAAUGACAAAAUCGCUGCUAUUUCAGAGGAACUAUGUAUUGGUUGUGGUAUUUGUGUGAAGAAAUGCCCCUUCGAAGCCAUCACAAUUAUUAAUUUGCCCAGCAAUCUUGAAAGGGAUACUACUCAUCGAUACUCUCAGAACUCCUUCAAGCUACAUAGGCUACCAAUUCCUAGACCUGGUGAAGUUUUAGGAUUGGUUGGAACUAAUGGUAUUGGAAAAUCUACUGCUCUGAAGAUUCUUGCUGGCAAGCAGAAGCCAAACUUAGGACGUUAUUCGAAUCCUCCUGAUUGGGCUGAAAUCUUAAACCAUUUCAGAGGGUCAGAAUUGCAAAACUAUUUCACCAAAAUUUUAGAAGAUGAUCUUAAAGCUUUAAUUAAACCACAGUAUGUUGAUCAGAUUCCAAAAGCUGUUAAGGGUACUGUUCAAGCUCUGUUGGAUAGGAAAGAUGAGAGGAAAAAUCAAGAUGAAAUUUGUGUUUUGCUAGAUUUAGAUAAGAUUAGAGACAGGUCCAUAGAGAACCUUUCUGGAGGAGAAUUACAAAGGUUUGCCUGUGCCAUGGUUUGCAUUCAAGAUGGAGACAUUUUCAUGUUUGAUGAACCUUCCAGUUAUUUAGAUGUUAAGCAGCGUCUUAAAGCUGCUUACACUAUCAGAUCCCUUAUCAGGCCCGACAAGUUUAUUAUCGUGGUCGAGCAUGAUCUCUCAGUAUUAGACUACUUAUCAGACUUUAUAUGUUGCUUAUAUGGAGUACCUGGAGUCUAUGGAGUUGUUACUAUGCCGUUCUCUGUAAGAGAAGGUAUCAACAUAUUUUUGGAUGGAUUUGUACCUACCGAAAACCUGCGUUUUCGAGAUGAGUCUUUAGUAUUCAAAGUAGCUGAAAGUGCUACUGAAGAAGAGGUGAAGAGAAUGCAGCAUUAUGAGUACCCUAAGAUGUGCAAGACAAUGGGACCUUUCAAGCUUAAAGUUCAGGCUGGUCAAUUUACCGAUUCAGAAAUUGUUGUACUUCUUGGUGAAAAUGGAACUGGAAAGACUACCUUUAUCAGAAUGCUAGCAGGAAAUCUAGCACCUGAUGAUGGUUCUGGUGAUUUGCCUCAGCUGAAUAUCAGUUACAAACCCCAGAAAAUCAGUCCUAAAUCAACCGGACUCGUCAGGCAGCUAUUACAUGAAAAGAUAAGGGAUGCUUAUAUUCACCCUCAGUUUGUGACUGAUGUAAUGAAGCCCCUAAAGAUUGAUGAUAUCAUGGAUCAGGAAGUACAGAAUCUAUCAGGAGGUGAAUUGCAAAGAGUGGCUUUAACACUCUGCCUGGGCAAGCCUGCCGAUGUAUAUCUUAUUGACGAGCCUUCUGCCUACCUGGAUUCUGAGCAGCGUUUAGUUGCUGCUAAAGUUAUUAAAAGGUUUAUUCUACAUGCUAAGAAGACUGGAUUCGUUGUCGAGCACGAUUUUAUUAUGGCUACUUACCUCUCAGAUAGAGUCAUUGUUUUUGAAGGAAUGCCUUCGGUUGAAACAACAGCUAAUGCCCCACAGAGCCUUCUUGCUGGGAUGAACAGGUUCUUGGAAGUACUUGAGAUUACAUUCCGUAGAGAUCCCAAUAACUACAGGCCAAGGAUAAACAAAGCUAAUUCUGUCAAGGAUGUUGAGCAGAAAAGAGCUGGCCAGUAUUUUUUUCUGGAAGAUUAAUUUGUUGUAUAUUUAUUUCAUUCACCUUUUUAUAAAGAUUCUUUUUGUUUUAAAUAAAUGUUUAAGACAUGAUCUGCUGAUAUAUUUUUACCAUAUCAUUUAAGAAAUCGAUUGAUAGUUGAAACUUCUUUUUUCACCCUUCUUUAUGUUGUGUCAUAAUUUUCAGUUAUUAGAAAUUUUAAUUAUUACAGUAUUUACUCAAUAUGGAUGCAUGGUUUAUUACAAAAUAUAAAUACAUUUAUACCUAUAAUUGUUUCCUUUAUCUUUUUUAACUCAGAUAUUUAUGUUAAAAUAUUAGUAGAAGUAACUAGAUGGAUAUUUUAUUCUCAUGAAAUGAUUUAUAUGCUAAAUGUUAAGGCAUUUCUCGAAGAUUUAACUCCUUUCUCCAAAUUAUUUCUAUUAAGUUUUCCUCUAUUUAAUAAUUUUAAUUUAUUUAUGGAUGUAUAACAUUAAAGGGCAGUUCUUCCCUCUUAUGCAAGUCAAUACUAAUUAUAAGCUGUUAAAUAAGUCGUCUUGCCAGAUGCCGCAGAUUAAUGAGCAGCUCAGUCGAACCUUGAACAUUAACUUGUUUAACCUGUUUACUUUGUAUAAAAUUAAUGUUUUUUCGUUUUAAUAUGAAAUAGUUGAAGAUAAAAGAAACAUAAUACAACUUAUCCCAAGGUCUUGCUGAAUAAGUGAAAGAUAAAUAGAUCCUACAUAAUCAAAGUUCUUAUUUAAUUCUAUGUGUUGUUUUUGUAGUUGAAAUUUAUUCCAUUAAUUUUUAUUUUAGACAUUAAUGUUUCCAAAACUAUUAAGCAAUAUUAUUUUAUUAUUAAUUAAAUGUGUUGCUAAUACAUUAUAUAAUAGUAUAGGAAUGAUAUUUAUAUUUAUUAAUGUUCAUAUAUUAUAGAGUGUAGCUAUUCAUGAAUAAGUAAUUAGCUUUCUUUUGGUAUAAAGAUAUCAAUAUCAG